AUGAAAAGUACUUAUUUAAUCAAAGAUGUUAUAUAUGAAAAGAAUUAAGAGAGAUAAUUUUAAUUUCAUAAGAAUAAGCUAAAAGAGAUAUUAUCAUAAGUAUUAUUUUAAAUAAUACUUCUAGCCAUUGCAAUUGAAUUCAGAUAGUAUUAUGUAAAAAUUGAAACAUAAACAUGAAUAGAUGAAACUCACUUAAUAAUUUUAAACUCAAGAAUAAAAUAUAGAAAAAUCUAGAAUUGAUAAAAAUUUAAUGUUAAAACUAUUAAAUCACAAUAAUAAGUCAAUGAAUAAUGCAUAAUCAACAACACGUUCAAUUAAUAGAAGUAUUAAGGUUAAUAUGUACUUGAAUACAAUAAAUAAUGAAAAUAAAAGUUUAGCAAAUAGAAUUUAUACUCUACCGUCAGUUAUUAAUACAUAAAAACAUUAUUUAGAUUAUUAGAAUCAUAAAUCUGAUCUAAAGAUUAUGUAGAGAUUUCAUAAAUCAAGAAUAUAAAUAAAUUAAGAUCCCAUAUCUCAAUAACUAUAAAGUAUCUUAGGUAAAGGAUUUAAAGGAUCAAAGUAUUAGAAUUUAAAUUUUCUUAAAUAAGUAGGUAAACAAAAUAAAUUCUUAUUUAUAAUUCCAUUAUAAAUGAGAUUAUUUUCAAAGAGUAGUCAAAAUAACAAAAAUCCACCUCAUUAUUAAAUGAAAGCCUUUAAUGAAUAAAAAUAAUUGGGAGAAUCUAAUAUUUUGUAAAUUAAUGAUUUUCUUGGUUCUUUAAGUGGAUUUGUAAUUUCUUCAGAGACAUUUACAAUUAAAUUUAUACUUUAUAAAAUUAAACAAAAUGAAGAUGUAUAUAAAAAAUCAAAAUUUUGAUUAGUUUGAAUUGGGCCAUUUUCUGUUCAAUGAAUCAGCUUCUUCAAUAAAUACUAAGCAAUUAAGAGAUAAUAUAGAAGUAUAAAUAAAUGAUCCAAUUGAAUGUUAUUUAAGAAAGGAGAUAAACAAUGAAUAAGUUUGUGUAGGAUAAUUUGAAUACUAGAUAAUUUAAUUUUGUUAUUGUGUAAAUUAAAAGUAUGUUACCAUUGAUUUACUAGUCCAUAAAUAAUGAGAGAUAAAUAAUAAUACUAAAUAGAGAUAGUAUAAGUAUCCCCAUAGAAGUCUACUUAAAAGAGUGAUACUGAAAUGGAUAAAUUGUAAUUAGAUUGA